AUGGAGUCCAAAUCUUCCGGCGAGACCCCGACCAAUGUCGGCGGCGAGAAGGGUACCCAGGCCACAGACUAUGACCAAGGCACUACCGUGCCCAACAACAGCGACGGCAUGGCCUAUGAGCAGGAGAGCUUUGCCACCCGCAACGGCCUCAACUUGAACUCUUUCAAGCGCCGCGACUAUGGCCAUGGCCUCGUCGAGAUGGACCGCAAGAUGAAGCCUCGCCAUCUCCACAUGAUAGCCAUCGGUGGUUCCAUCGGAGCCGGUUUCUUCGUCGGUUCAGGUGGUGCCCUAUACAAGGGUGGCCCCGGUUCUCUCUUUGUAGACUUCAUGAUCAUCGGUAUCAUGAUGUUCAACGUCGUCUUUGCUCUUGGUGAGCUCGCUGUCAUGUAUCCCGUCACCGGUGGCUUCUAUACCUACUCUGCUCGCUUCAUCGACCCCUCGUGGGGUUUCGCCAUGGGUUGGAAUUACGUCUUCCAGUGGGGAGCAGUCCUUCCGUUGGAGCUAACUGUGUGCGCCAUCACCAUUGAAUAUUGGACCACCUCCGUUUCUCCCGCAGUCUGGAUUACCCUCUUCCUCCUCGCCAUCGUCGUCAUCAACGUUUUUGGUGCCCUUGGUUAUGCUGAAGAGGAGUUCUGGUCGUCUGUGCUCAAACUUGGAGCUACUAUCGCCUUCAUGAUUAUCGCGCUUGUCUGCGUGUUGGGUGGUGGUCCCGAAGACGGGAGAUACUCAGAGUACCAGGGCGCCAAGCUAUGGCACGAGGGCUCCGGUGCCUUCAAGAAUGGCUUCAAGGGCUUCUGCUCCGUCUUUGUCACUGCGGCUUUCUCCUUCGCUGGUACUGAGCUCGUUGGUCUUGCCGCUGCUGAGUCGCGCAACCCUGCCCAGGCUCUCCCGGGCGCCAUCAAGCAGGUGUUCUGGCGUAUCACUCUCUUUUACAUCCUCGGUCUUUUCUUCGUCGGUCUUCUUGUCAGCGCCGAUGACGAUAGACUCCUUAGCGAGAGCUCCUAUUCCAACUCCAAGGCCUCUCCUUUCGUGUUGGCCGCCGAGUAUUCUGGUCUCAAUGGUUUCAAUCACUUCAUGAACGCCAUUAUUCUCGUCUCGGUCCUGUCCAUCGGUGUUUCCUCCGUCUACGGCGGCUCCCGAACUCUGACUGCGAUGGCCCAGACCGGAUAUGCCCCCAAGAUCUUUAGCUACGUCGACCGCAGCGGCCGACCUCUCUUCUCAGUUCUCCUCAUCAUCGUCCUUGGCGCCCUAGCCUAUGUCAACCUGUCUGCCGAUGGAGGUACUGUCUUCGACUGGCUCCUGGCCUUGUCUGGUUUGUCGACCCUCUUCACGUGGGGCUCAGUUUGCUUGGCCCACAUUCGCUUCCGUAAGGCCUGGGCCUACCAUGGCCAUACCCUCGAUGAGAUCCCCUUCCAGGCCGUCGGUGGUGUCUAUGGCUCUUAUCUCGGUCUUAUCCUCAUUGCUCUUGUCAUGAUUGCUCAGUUCUAUACGGCCAUUAUUGCUGGCCCCGGUCAGCCCGGUAUGGGCACGGUCGAGGGCUUCUUCAAGUCGUACCUCGCCUUCCCCGUUGUCCUCUUCUUCUGGGCUGUCGGCUACCUGUGGAAGCGACAAGGCCCCAUCAGAACCGCUGAAAUCGAUGUCGACACUGGCCGACGUGAGCAUGACUGGGACGAGAUCAACGCUUUCCGUGCUGAGGUCGCGAAGUGGCCGGCGUGGCGUCGUGCCCUCAACAAGGUCAUGUAA